AUGAACUCAAGCAGCAGGCUUCUGGUCCAGCGCCAUUUCUGGAGGAAGGUGUGCUGCGGAAUCUUCGACAGGUGCGGGGGCAUCUUCAGCCUGACCUACUUCGAGAGAUUCAGCCACGCCUGCGUAGAGAGAGAGGGCAAAAAACACGAGGGCUUCUGGAUCGUCGUUUCAGAGGAGUCGCUGGACGAGAUGGACCAGGAGGGCGAGGAGGACCUGCCCGCCGCGCACGCGGGGGAGCCGCCCUCGAGGUACUCCAGGAUUACCGCUUCGUCCGCUUGGUUGCGGCGUAUAUCCAGCAGGGCCUCUUGGGAGGCAAGGGAAGCAUCCAUUGAGACAAGGCAGGCCGCCGAGAGCAUGCAAGAGAUGAGAGGCUUGCUCGAGAAAGUCAGCACCAGGCUCGACGCACUGAACGUUUCAAGGAUCGAGGAGAGGCUCGAAGAGCUGAGAUCAGACGUCAAGGAACUAAGAGGGGCAAUCGAUGAGGCGAGCAGCCAGCCUAAGAAGCCUUCUGCGCUUUGUUUUAGAGGCGGCGCGGUUUCUGCUUGA